AUGCCAAUACAAUCGGAAACACCAACAGUGCUAAAAGCGAAUGAGUAUGGACGAGCGUUAUCGUUGCGUCUUCAAGAGCUGCGUAAAGAAGGACGUUAUGUUGACUGUAAGAUUCGAUUGGAGACUGCAGAUGGACAUUUAAAAGAACUGCGUGCACAUCGUAACGUUCUCGCGUCUGGUAGUAAUUUUUUUAAAGAGGCUUUCAAUAUGAAAGAAGCAGCAACUGAUGAUGAUGAGGAGGAUGAUGAUAAUAAUGAUAAGAAUAAGACAAACGAAUCUGAUUUAACACUGAAAUUAACGAAUGAUGGUGCUGUUUCGUGUUUCGAAUCGCUUUUAGAUUUUCUGUAUUGUGGUUUGUUGGACACUUCAAAGAAUGAUCCUGAUAGUUUGAUGCAAAUCGCGAAACUUUAUCAAGUGAAAGAAGCUGAGCAGUUAUUAGAACCAUAUUGUUCGAACCUGCUGCCCACCUCAACUUCUACAUCGUCAUGCACAUCAGCACCACUUUCUACACAACUACCAACUUUGCCAUCCCUAUUUCCACCGCAGUCGGCUACGCUUGAAGCACUUAUGAAUGGCUGUGGUACAAGUGCAGCAGUAUCAUCAUCACCGUCCACUUCAUUGCAUGAUUUGAACGCAUCACAAAGUUAUAACAAUGCUCUUGAAGUUCAAAUGCAAAUUGCUCGAAUCGCUGCUGCACAUCGUUUAGCACAACCACAGUUUUUUCCCCCGCCGUUUCAGUUAUUAGCCACCAUAUUGCCAUCGUUUUCAUCGCAAUUCACCUUUCCAUCAACUUCAUUACCAAGUCUUCUAACAACUAACUCAACUCCAUCCUCUCGUUCAACACCAUCUAACGGCAGUUCUAGAAAACGAAAGAAGACGGUGCUUUAUUAUUGUUAUAUUACGAUUAUGAAUAUCGUCACUGUUGUGUAUAAUAUUUUCUUAUGCGAUUUAUUCAAUGAACUAGCCAUAUCCUUUAGCACAAUUGACAAUAAUAAUUUUCAGAACGUAAGUGAAAAUAAUCAAAAUGAGUGUACAGGUACAACAGUAAAGGAACUGUCACCGUCAAUCAUCAAUGAACCAACUGAGGAAAUAAGUAUUGAUGAAAAUUCAGAUACAUUCGAUAAUAUGGGUGAUAUUAUUGUACCGAGUAGUGAUCGAGAAGGAUGGUGUCGCAAUAAGAAGUACAUAGAAAGAGUUGCGAAUGGCUUCAUGUGCAGUGUGUGUCAUAAGGUGUACGGUCGAUACAAUUCCGUAUCAUAUCACGUGACAAUCUAUCAUCGAAAUCCACCAAUCAAAUGCGACGAAGAGGGGUGCUCGAGAAAGUGUCCAUUUUGUCGUCAUAUAUCAAAAAGUCCAGCGAUGUUAGAUAAACAUAUCAGUCGCCAUAUGAGUGAUUGUACACGCAACGGAACCCAACUGAAAUGUCCUCAAUGUGAUAUAAAUUUAUCAACGCAAAAAGAUAUGCUCGAUCAUAUUUCAAAACAACAUCAACAUCAAGACUGCAUUAAUUUUCAUUGUGAUCAAUGUAAUUAUAGAGGUCAAUCGGAAAUUUCACUGAAACAGCACAUAUCAUUUAAACACUCAGCGGAAAUGUUCACAAAAAAGAUGACCUGUAAAUUAUGCCAAUACGGUUGUAUGGAAGAAAUGAAUCUUAAAGAGCAUUAUCAACGUAUGCAUCCGCAACAUCAGUUCGAUGAUGAAAAAGAUUGUACUUGCGAUCAUGAACAACCAACAAACGAAGUGUCGAAUUCGAAUUCAGAAGAAGUGCCGCGCGGUGAAUCACCCGCAACGUCAACUAUCGUUUCGUUAUCGUGCAGCACGAAAGAGAACGGUGCUAAUAGUUGUGGUGAUAAUACAAGUGAAGAUGAAAUUGAAGAGCAACAUGAUGAGGAAGAAGAUGCUGACAAGAAGUGGAAUUAA